AUGCGUCACAAUAUAAAAACAAAUGAAACACAUCAAGGACAGUUUUACAAUGUCACGUUAACAGCAUUACAUUUUGAUUUGAACAACCAACAUUUGUACGCAAUUGGAACCACACGCGAUGGUCAGUCAAGUUUCCUAUGGGUAAUCGAUCCUGAUACACUGACACUGCAAGAACGAAUAGAUCUCACGCCACAGGGAAAACCGGAUAUAGGUAGCGCGUAUGAUAUUUUAGAAAACAUUUUAUAUUACCGUACACAAACAGACUUGAUCGGAAUUGAAAUCAACACAUUGAUGAUUAGACCACUUUGUAAACUUGAUCAUCUUAUAUAUUUGAAUAACUUAUAUGUAAUGAAUGAAGCAUUCUAUACCGUCUAUAAUUGGCGAAAAGAUUCAUAUGACUUUACAGUGAGUAAUUUAACCCUUAAACAACUGGAUAAAAGAUACUGUCGUGUUAUUAAACAAUUGAACUUUGAACAACCAACACCAGUAGCAGUAAUGACUGGAAGAACCUUAGAUGUAGAUAAGAGUCAAAUUAUAUUCUCUUACAAUGAUGAUUUUUCUAUGUUCGGUCACAGUGUACGUGUGGUUACUGUAGAUCUAAAAGAAUGGAAAGUAAUUAACUAUGUAUACAAACGUUUUGCAAAUUCACCAUAUGAACUUAUUUACAUAUCUUCAACGUAA